AUGUUCACUACAAAAGAGUACAUUCCUAAACCAUCAAAUGUUGUUAAACAUUUCCUUGGUAAGCCUGAUGAUGAGGAUAUUGAUAGUGAAUUUCACAAUGCAGAUAUUAUUCAAAUUUAUUUGAAAAUAGACAUUUGGAUUAUUGUGUUUCUGUGCCAGGAGAAUCAACUUGGUUUACACAAAGGAAAUAUUGACACAAGCUUAGAAGUAAUAGAAAUUUUAGAAUCUACAGUAAACCCUAAUUUGAAUAAUAGUGAUGAUGAAAAGAUGUGUAGUGAUGACAGGAUGGAUAAACAUACCGGAAAAGAAACCAGCGAGACUCUUGGUUUUCCAGUUGCAACUGUGGAAAGAACUAUUCAAGUUUAUGGAAAAUCUGAAGCAUCAAUAAUUGCUGCUAGUGAUAUAAAAAAAUCUGUAAAUGAAUCCACCGGUUUAAAUGUUUCAGUUACAACAAUUUAUCGAAGUUUACAUGAAAUUGGUUUAAACUCAUGA